UGGGAAAUUUUAAUCCUCUACCUUCUACAAGUGCUCAUUUUGGUGUUGCUUUUUCUUUGUGCUUUCAAGUCGAGGAAGGGAAACGCAACUAUAAUUAAUGUUUUUAAUAACACACCGCGCCAACAGGACCCCUCCAACGGCCACUCCCACCAGACCAACCCCGCAUGCCACUUACCCCUUCGGAGAAAACGACACGAUUAAAUAAGCUAGGGUUUAACAGAGAGAGCAUGAUCGUUCAAAUCAUCGAGCUGACUAAACCCCCAAAAGAGACGAUAUUCGGAAUUUACACGUGCUUCUCCAAAGUCCACCAGGGAUUAAUGGUGUCCGGCAUUGUUCCAGACAGCGCGACCAGUUUGGACGGGCGGUUGCAACGAGGGGACCACAUUAUUCGCGUGAAUGCCCUUAAUAUCGCCGCCCUGCCAGGGAAACGGGCAUACGAAGUGUUCCUGAAGGAGAUGCAAACGAAGACUAAAGUCCGCCUGGUAGUUGCGCGGCCGUUUCGAGUGGAAAAAAGUGAGACGAAAAUCGUUCCAAGCAAUAUUCUAGAGGAUGACGAAGCCCUGGAGAAUUAUUUGGUGGCGGGAAAUAAGUUAACUUCCUUGGAUAAGGCUUUCCCAGAAGGAAAUGUACAAAAGAAUGACGCCUCGAGAAAUUUGGGCACAUCAAUAUUCACCACGGAUAAUGCGAUCCUUCAAACUAUCGAGCUGUCUAAACCUGUGCUAGACAUGAAAUUCGGAGGUGCCACGCACUGGGCAGAAUAUCACGUGGGACUACGCGUGUGUAGGAUUGACCCUGGCAGCUUGAUCCAUCAUGACGGGCGAAUGCAAAUAGGUGACUACAUUAUUCGCAUCAAUGGACACAAUCUAGCCAAAAUGGUGGGAAAAGCGGCACAGGAGGUUUUUGACAGCGUGAUUAAGACCAGUAACAAAGUGACCUUUGUGGUGGCGCGGCCGAUCCCAAAUGGCGGGAAAAUCGUACCAAGCAACAUUCUGCUGGAUGAGGAAGAGGUGAAGAAGUACUUGAAGUAAAUUUGGGGAAUAUGAGAAAUCCUAAAAUAAAUAAUAUCCAAUCUAUUCAAAAUUCCUUGCAAAAUUAAA